AUGCUUCUCUCGUUACCUGCCUUACAUCUUCAGACCUCCGAAUACCAUCCUCUCUUCCAGCUGCCACACAGAAGGCUCGGACCAUGGUGCAGUCCCACUGGCUCCCCUGCCCCCCUCUCCUGUGAGACUGGCUGCGGGGAGGGAUCAUGGAUACUUGUCUGCCGGCUUCUGGUUCCCACGCAAGUAAGCCUGCUGUCAAUGGAGGAGGACAUUGAUACCCGCAAAAUCAACAACAGUUUCCUGCGCGACCACAGCUAUGCGACCGAAGCUGACAUUAUCUCUACGGUAGAAUUCAACCACACGGGAGAAUUACUAGCGACAGGGGACAAGGGGGGUCGGGUUGUAAUAUUUCAACGAGAGCAGGAGAGUAAAAAUCAGGUUCAUCGUAGGGGUGAAUACAAUGUUUACAGCACAUUCCAGAGCCAUGAACCCGAGUUCGAUUACCUGAAGAGUUUAGAAAUAGAAGAAAAAAUCAAUAAAAUAAGAUGGCUCCCUCAGCAGAAUGCAGCCUACUUCCUUCUGUCUACUAAUGAUAAAACUGUGAAGCUGUGGAAAGUCAGCGAGCGUGAUAAGAGGCCAGAAGGCUACAAUCUGAAAGAUGAGGAGGGCCGGCUCCGGGAUCCUGCCACCAUCACAACCUUGCGGGUGCCUGUCCUGAGACCCAUGGACCUGAUGGUGGAGGCCACCCCGCGAAGAGUAUUUGCCAACGCACACACAUAUCACAUCAACUCCAUAUCAGUCAACAGCGACUAUGAAACCUACAUGUCAGCUGAUGACCUGAGGAUUAACCUGUGGAACUUUGAAAUAACCAAUCAAAGUUUUAAUAUCGUCGACAUCAAGCCGGCCAACAUGGAGGAGCUCACAGAGGUGAUCACAGCGGCCGAGUUCCACCCCCAUCACUGCAACACCUUCGUGUACAGCAGCAGCAAAGGGACAAUCCGGCUGUGUGACAUGCGGGCGUCGGCCCUGUGUGACAGGCACACCAAAUUUUUUGAAGAGCCGGAAGAUCCAAGCAACAGGUCGUUUUUCUCUGAAAUCAUCUCUUCGAUUUCAGAUGUGAAGUUCAGCCACAGUGGGAGGUAUAUCAUGACCAGAGACUAUCUGACGGUCAAAGUUUGGGAUCUCAACAUGGAAAACCGCCCCAUCGAGACUUACCAGGUUCACGACUACCUCCGCAGCAAGCUGUGCUCCCUCUACGAAAAUGACUGCAUUUUUGAUAAAUUUGAAUGUGUGUGGAAUGGGUCAGACAGUGUCAUCAUGACGGGCUCCUACAACAACUUCUUCAGGAUGUUUGACCGAAACACCAAGCGCGAUGUUACCCUUGAGGCCUCGAGGGAAAACAGCAAACCCCGAGCUAUCCUAAAACCGCGCAAAGUGUGCGUGGGGGGCAAGCGGAGAAAAGACGAGAUCAGUGUUGACAGUCUGGACUUUAGCAAAAAGAUCUUGCAUACAGCUUGGCAUCCUUCAGAAAAUAUUAUAGCAGUGGCGGCUACAAAUAACCUAUAUAUAUUCCAGGACAAGGUUAACUAGGAGGACAAGUUAUUACUUAAUAAUCUCACAUACUGAAUACUAGUCAAACACGUUUUUAAAUGUUUCUUUGGGUGUUCAUUUGAUGCAUCGACUCUAAUCUCCCUCUGCAGGAAACAAAUGGAAUAGAAGUCCAUGGAGUCCAACCUUCCCAAAUCCCCAGUUCUAAGAAAUUUUGUCAAACCCAACAGGUUCUGGGACACUUCUGUUUAGAAUUGAGAGCUGCCAGCUAACAGUAAUUCUUCCAUAGCUGACUUGAAUUUCUGAUGCUUUUAUUGCCCCGUUUUCUCUGGUGGGUCCCGUGUUUUGUUUCUAGGUGUCUGCUGAGAUAAAAUGAGGUUGUCUGUAGUAUUUAAAGAGAAAAGAAAGAGAUACUUUUUUUUUUAAUUAAGCAACUCCAUUUGAUGAUUGAAAAAAAAUUCGACGAAAAAUAAACACCGUUUACUCUA